AUGACUUCGGCAACUUCACCUAUCAUUUUGAAAUGGGAUCCCAAAAGUUUGGAAAUCCGGACUUUAACAGUGGAGAGGCUGCUGGAGCCACUUGUUACACAGGUGACGACACUUGUGAACACAAGCAACAAAGGUCCAUCCGGUAAAAAGAAAGGGAGGUCUAAGAAAGCCCAUGUACUAGCUGCUUCUGUAGAACAGGCCACUCAGAACUUCCUGGAAAAGGGUGAACAGAUUGCUAAGGAGAGCCAAGAUCUCAAAGAAGAAUUGGUUGCUGCUGUAGAGGAUGUUCGCAAACAAG